AUGUCCGAAAACAGAGAGGAAAUUUUAGCCGAUUUCCAAGCAUGCACUGGCAUCGAAGAUGUCGCAGAGGCUAUUUACCACUUAGACGAAGCCAACUGGGAUCUACUGCGCGCCGUCAGCAGAGUCAUGCCGCCCGACACCCAGAGCUUCCAAGCGCCCAAUCCCGACCCGGACGUGAUGAUCGUCGAGGACGACUCCGAUCUGCCGAGCGCCGCCACCGCCGACGCCGCCACCGACGUCGCCGGCCUCGGCAACAACAUCGGCCACCCGGCCACCGUCACCAACAAGUCCUCCAACGAGGACAGCUUCCCGUCCACGUCGGCCGGCCAGAGCGGCGUCAGGCAGUUGAAGUUCAACGUGCAGUACUGCGAUCGGGUGAUCAAAAUCGAUCUGCCCGAGUCCGCUACGAUCAAUGAUUUGAAGUUGAGAUUGCAAAGGGAGGUGAAGGUGUCGCCGUGCAGACAGCUCCUCUCCAGCUGGGCUAGAUUGGGCCAGUUCGAAAAUACGCAGUUCUCGAAACUGAUGUUGCCCGACGAGAAUACCCUGCAUCUCACCCUUAAGCCCGGCGAAGGCGGCGUUUCGGCCGAAGAAGAGUCUUCGGUUAUCGAUAAAUUAAACGGAACGUACACGUUAAACGUAAAAUUCGAAUCUAAAAUGUACAAUCUCAAAUACCAAGGAACGAAGACGAUUCUGGAAGUCAAAGGGGACGUGUACACUCUAACGAACAUCCACGUUCGCAAUCAAAUUUGGAGCGGCUGGCCGCCCAAUAUAGACGAUCACAUGAUGCUCGGUUUGUCCGGUAUCAACUAUCCCGUGCACGAUUUGACGGUACGAAGAAACGCCCAAACGAACAACGCGAAGGAGAAGAAGAACAACGUUGUGCAGAUCGAUAGCGACGACGACGAAUUCGAAGACGCUUCCGAAAGUUUCAAUGUCGACGAUGAAUAUUUCAUCGAUAACGAACAAUCGGCUGGCAAAAGAACGGAACCGUUGAUUCCAGAUAACGUGGAGGACGAAAUCGUCGGUAGUAUAACAUUUUCCGAACAAUUCACCGCCCGAUACGGUCCAGUACACCCCGCUUUCUACCAAGGAACCCUAGACGAUGCUAUUAAAGAAGCUUGUUCGAGACCAGCAAAAGAUCGCAAAAUCCUCGCCAUAUAUCUACAUCACGACUCCAGCGUGCUGACGAACGUGUUUUGCACGCAAUUGUUGGGCUUCGAGAGCGUGAUGCAAAUGUUCGAGAACAAUUUCAUCCUGUGGGGCUGGGACAUAACGUUCGAGAGCAACAGGCGCAAAUUGCAGCAAUCCGUCACGACGUCGUUGGGCGCCACGGCGGCGAUGAGCCUCAGAAAUAUACCGGUCGACCGGUUGCCCGUCAUCAUACUCAUCACCAAGAUCAGAUCGACCAUCGAGAUUUUUAGCGUAGUUUACGGAAAUGUAGGUGUAAAUGAACUUUUAUCGAGUCUUAUAGAAUGCGUGGAGGUUUUCUCGGAUCACCAACGCGUCGAAAUUAAGGAGGAAGAGGAGAGGGCCGAAAGGGAAAUGGUGAAAUUGGAACAGGAUUUGGCUUAUCGCGAAAGCUUAGAAGCGGACAGAGCCAAAGAGGAGGCGAAGAGGAUACAGGAGGAGGAGGAGAACGAAACUAGGAGGCGGUUGGAGAGCGAGAGGGCGCAGGAGGAGGCGAAAAAGGAGGCGGUGCGGAAAGAGGUGGAGGCCAGUUUGCCGCCGGAGCCGGCUCUAAGCCAAGGCGAUAGUAUUACUAAAAUUAGGUUCAGGUUGCCCAAAGGAGAACACAUUGAGAGGAGGUUUCAAACAAACACUCCGUUACAAGUUUUAUUAGACUUUUUAAUAGUUAAGGGAUAUCCAUCGGAAGAAUUUAAAGUUAUAUCUAGUUGGCCAAGGAGAGAUUUGACUUCUUUAGACAAAAAUAAAACAUUGAAAGAACUGAAUUUGUGUCCUCAAGAGACUGUGAUAUUAGAAGAACGAUAA